AUGUAUUUUAUUGGAGGUUCUGUGGUACCUUGCCAUUUUCAAACCCAGGAUGGGAAUCCGCUUUCACUUUAUUUUCUUCUAUACUGUUUUAGGAAUGGCGGAGCGAGGGGCGAGGAAUUAUGGGCGCAGGAUCGGUUGCUGGUGGCAGAUAUUCUUGUGGAGCUGGGGGGAGGUGAAUUGCCGUAGUAUUGAAGUGGAUUGCUGCCCCGGUGUGGGGACACGAG